CAGUAAGCUAAAAUAUUUUAUGUGUCAACUGCGUAUUGUCAUUGAAUACUAGCAUUUUCGAAUAACACAAGGAAAUGUAAUCAUAAACCUGUCUUACGAAUAUCUAACAAAUUAUAAUUAUGAAUGAACGCAAACAAGUAGCACGUAUGUUGUAUCGAUGUUUGUCGGCAAUACUUUUCAUUGAUCUGUUAUAAAAUUAUAGUGUAUUUUGUAGUGACAAUAUUUGUUUUUGUCCGUAAUAUAUAUUUUGACUAUAAUUGUCUUAUGAAUGAUUAAUUUCUAAUUGACAAUUACUUGAUUUUUUUGACACAGUUAACAGCUAUUGAAAAUUAUGAAUAAAUGAUAUUUUACUGCAAAGCGUUUUAAAUUUUGUUAUGCAAUAAAAAUCAUAGUGAGCAAUGCAGUUGAAAUACUAAUAAAAUUGCUAAUAUCACACAGAAAAAAAUUAUGUAAACAAAAUGGUUGCAAAUACAACAGCUGAUAUGAUUGGAUCUAUAUACCAUGAAAGACAAGUAAAAGAACUUUGUGCUUUACAUGCGUUAAACAAUUUGUUUCAAGAAAGAGGAUUUAGUAAACAAGAAUUAGAUAAGAUUUGUUACAAUUUAAGUCCAGAUGUAUGGAUUAAUCCUCAUAAGUCAUUGUUAGGUCUUGGUAAUUAUGAUAUUAAUGUUAUUAUGGCAGCAUUACAACAAAAGGGACGUGAAGCAGUUUGGUUUGAUAAACGCAGAGAUCCUAAAUGUCUAUGUUUAGACAAUAUUGAAGGUUUCAUAUUAAACGUACCUACAGAGUAUAAAUUAGGUUUUGUGUUACUUCCUUUAAAAAGACGUCAUUGGAUUGCCCUGAAAAAAAUUCAUGGUGCCUUUUAUAAUCUUGAUUCCAAACUGGAUUCUCCACAACUCAUAGGAAAGGACCACGAUUUGCUUGUGUAUCUAAAGGACCAGAUAGACAGUAAAGAAAAAGAGUUGUUUCUUGUUGUGUCAACAGAAAUAGGCAGUAAUCAAGGAUGGUUAUUGAAUACGUAUGCAAACAAAGAAGGGAUUAAUGUAGAUCAUAAUUCAAUAACAUACAUUGAAGAUGUUUAUACGGAUGUAAAUUUAAUGAAAGAGGAAUCUAAAGAAAUGAAUGAAAAUGAAGAAUCUUUAGAUAAUAAAAACUCUAGGAUUUCAUCAGUAUUAUUAGUUAAAAACUACACUAUUUUAAGUAAUUAAUUUACUUACAUAGUCUUAUAUAUUAAAAAAUAGUAUUCACUUAUUUUAUAUACAUAUAUAAAUAUUAUAGGCUGUUAUUGUAUACUAUGUGCAAUUACAAUUACAUACUAUACAUAUUUACAUUGUUAAGCAACAACUAUAUCACUUUUUCCUGAAAUGACAAUUGUUCUCUUAAUACUUAUUACUCCCUCUGUUCAAAAGUAAGUAUUCCAUUUAUGCAUAAUAAAAGUACAUAAUGUAGACAUUUAUUUUAGAACGGAGGUAGUACUUACAAGUCACGUUAGAUUUUUGCAUAAAACAAUAUAAGAUAAUAUGAAAGACAAUCUUUUGCACUUCAAAUAAAUAAUAUUACUAUGUAAAUGUGAUAAACAAAUUGGUAUGUAAACAAUUUUCUAUUUUAUAUUUCUUGUACAUUUUAGCAUUAUAGUGGAAAAAACUUAUUCAUAAAGUAAUUGUUUUAUAAAAACAUAGUUUAUAUUCGUUGUGCUAUAUGUUUUACUUCUUGUGAAAUAGUUGUAUGCAAUAAACCUACUGUUUAAAUAAUACAACAUAAUUAUUAUUAUAACAGA